AUGGUCACCAGCCCGAAGCACCCCUGCACCAACAUGGCCCAGACAGGUAUCUGCAUCUGCAGCCCUGGGUAUCUCACCUCUGCCCCGCAGGCCGCCCUGCUCGUCAGCCUGGUCCUCACCUCCUUCCACUUGCCCUGCGGUACAGAAGCUAGCAGUGACAACUCAACCUUGAGCACACACCACCCAGACCCUGGGACCAUGGAGCAGUGUGCCAAUGUGGAGUUCUGCCCACUAGCCUCCCUGUGCUGCCGAACCUCGGUGGAUGAAUAUGGCUGGAUUGCUGCGGCAGUUGGCUGGAGUUUUUGGUUCCUCACCCUCAUCCUGCUGUGUGUGGACAAACUGAUGAAGCUAACUCCAGAGGAGCCCAAAGACCUGGCAGCAUGA